AUGGCCUUCUUUUCUAAGGUGCGACAGUGACUGAAUCCCAACAUUUAACAAACUGUACGGUUUUCUUAAUUGCAAAGACAAUAAGUAACUCAUAAAACGGUUCGAUUAUUUAGGGCGACCAUGUGUGGCUUUCUGUGAAAAAUACCAGAGGCUUUCAUAUUCCUAUUGGCGCAGUGGUUAAAUCAGUCGAUGGACUUGGAAUGUUGCUGACCGAUGAUGAAGGACAGGUAUGACUUACCCGUCUAGAGUUAGCUAGAGUUCACACGAUAUACCCAUCACGGACACACGAUCUCAAGAGCGUUGUACUCACACAGGAGCAUAUUAAUGUAUCUCAAAAUAGAACGGUCAGUCCUAAAAACUAAAUAAUUUAUGCCCCGUCAAUGGGAAUUGUUUGCACGUUAAGGUUUAUGGGCUCCUGAAACACUUUCUGUUACUCUAGCGUGGGAAAGAUUGAAAAUGAUUGGAAACUGCGUCAAGUGGGUCCCUGGUUUUUGUGAGCAAAUUUUAAAAUUAUACGGGCGUAGUUGACGGAGUAUCACUUAAGCGGACUUUCCAGCAGUUGACCUUCAGCUCAAACAGUUGCGACUAAGACGAGUAAUAAAAUGUGCAUGAGAAAAUUGGUAUUGCAAUAAAUUUUUCAAAAGAUGCCUUUCGACAGAGACCCAGAAAGAAUAAUCUACCCUCACACUUUUGUUUGAAAUAGCGUGAAAAUAAAGUUAGCCUUCUAAAAAAGAAGAGCUUGAGUAAUUAAUAAUGUGAGCCAUGUCCAUGGAUCUUUCAGGAACACUUUCUCAGCGGAUCAUCGCUUAGUGGUGAUGUUCAUUCAAUGCAUCCCAGCUGUAUUUCAGGGGUUGACGAUAUGAUUCAGCUUGGUGAACUCACAGAAGCCGGGAUACUCAGAAAUCUGUUCAUCCGAUAUUAUCGCCACAAAAUUUACGUAAGUUUGACAGUCCACCGAAUUCUAGGAAGACAGCUAAGAUAAUCAACUGAAAGACGUAACAUUAACAGCAACAAACAUACAAAGAAAAUUUUUAGUUUAAAUACCAACCAUUUCUUAACGGCAAGUUGUCUAAGACGCUCGGACAACCACUCCCUACAGUGUAAAUGGUCCCCGAAGUUGUUCAGUCACUACUCGACACUCUAUGAGGUGGACACAGCACCUCACUAAGAUGGACACGCCUCCCAAAAGUCGAAACUUGCCUGCCAUAAGGAGUUUUAGUCCGUGAUUAAAACGGGCUUUUACGAAACAAUUUUUUGCUGAAAAUUCUUUCGCCGCCGUGCAUGAUUAAGAAAAGACUGGCGUAGAAAGACGUCAAUGCCGAUUAACAGAAAGUAGGCCAGAGUUAACAAAGACAACGCAGCGUCAAAAGGGAAAGCGAAUAGGCCCCCUCUAUACAAGAACCUGUUUAGCCUAGGAUUUGAAACAAGUUCUUAGUUUCUAAAACCUAAGAAAAAAAUAUGUACACUCGGCAAAUAAGAUAAGAAGAUAAGUCAACAUUCAGGGUCGACAUAUGUGCCUAAUCAAACUAACUGCAAGGGUAAUGUUAUACAGAUUUUAUUUAAGGAAUAAGUUGAAUACCACUUAAUAAUCUUAGGUACAAUGUAUUUUUCCUCAGAAAAUAAAUAAAAACCUAUAAUUUGACAUUUAAGUAAGAACCUCAGUUUAGGCUAACUUGGGGAAAUGCGAGUACUUACUCGCGGGUUUUUACCGUACAUGUACUUCUUGACAUGACUGUAUUUGCUUCCUACUCUUCUCUAGACUCAUAUCGGGAAGGUGUUGGUAGCCGUUAAUCCUUACCAUCUUUAUCCGAUCUAUGGAGCAGAACACAUAAACCUCUAUAAUCAAGAAACCGAUGUUACCAACCUACCACCCCACAUAUUCUCUACCGCACAUCAUGCCUUCAUUUCCAUGAAAAGACGACUCCAAAACCAGAGUAUUAUAAUCAGGUACGAUAUAAUAAAUAUACACAUAUCAUCAUUAGUAAUCUGGCCACAAUUUUACAGACGACCGAUACUAGAAGUACUAAACGGACUUAUUGAGGCCGAGUGAUGUUGAAAACAUUUUGGAGAUUUUUCCACAAGACCAGAGCUGCCAGUCUGUGGAACAUUUUUGAGCUUGAUUUUUUUUUUCGCUUCCAUAGCGGUGAAAGCGGUGCAGGCAAAACAGAAUCCACCAAGUUAAUUUUACGUUACUUAACAGUGGUCAGCGGACAACACACCACACUUGAUCAACAAAUUCUUGACGCAAAUCCUAUUUUGGAAGGUAUGCAAUUCACGAGGUUUAAAUUUUCACUCAUAACAUUAUUUAAUUGAUCUUUUACGAGUUAACCAGACUGGAAAUUAAACAUUUCAUAUUCCUAUAGAAGUUCUAUAUAUUUAUUUGUCAGCUUUUGGGAAUGCAAAAACUGUACGAAAUGACAAUUCAAGCCGGUUUGGAAAGUACAUCAACAUCUACUUUAACAGACAUGCAGUCAUUGAAGGAGCUAGAAUUGAGCAGUAUCUCUUGGAGAAGUCCAGAAUCGUAUAUCAGGUAUAGGUUUGUUAUCAAAGCAAGAAAAUAAACCUCUGCUGAGGCGAAUGAAUGAUGGAUGGGAUUUAUCUUUUCAGUAAAGAUGGUAGAACUAUUUUUCUUGUUUCCGCAGACGAGAUAAUGGUAUUAAAACUAGUUUGUCAGUUGUUCAUUGUAGGACUAAGAGAUACCCAAUCUAAGAACCAUGCAGUCUAAGUGUGUACUUCCUUGCCUCUAGUGCAGCCCUUAAUAAUGGCAAUACCUCGCAUCUAUGCACUUUUCCUAAGUACAUAUUGACACUGACUUCGCAGGUGAAAAGAGUUUCCAAAACUCCCGGAGAAAAAUUUGUCUCAGUCUCGGGUGACCGUCUUUUUCUCCAAUUAAUACAUAUUUCGAUUUCUAAAAAUAAUAUAAGCUCUAAGCCUAUAGCCACCUAGAUAUAUUUGUUUUAAAGCACGAGAAACAUUCAUGAGUAGACAUCGCAAGCUUUCGCUUAGUUUAGUUGACUUUUCAAGAUAUGAGUUGUUUCAAGCGAAAUUUCCCUAGACCUUUGCAUUGAUGGGGCGUGAAAAACAACUGGGGGGAGGAUUUGCUCUCUGGAGUAGACAAACCAAUUUUAAGAGGUAUGUGAUUUCCUUCCUCCCGUUAGAUGCCAGAUGAACGCAAUUAUCACAUCUUUUACCGUCUGCUUGCCGGUUUGGACAAGGAGGAAAAGAACAGCCUCCACCUGACGGUGACAGAAGAUUAUCACUACCUCUCCCAGGGAAACUGUUUUACAUGUGACGGGAUGGAUGAUGAAAAAGAAUUUGCAAAUAUUCGAAGAGCAAUGAAGGUAAUCACGUCUGAAUAUUAUUGACAUCAUAAAAGAGAGUUAAAUACAAACGACCCACGUGUCGGCGAAAGGGAAGAGAGAUGGACGGGCGUGGUCGCGUUGGUGCUGUUUUGUUAUGGGAGAUGUGGUGUCCCAAAACCGUCAGCAUUAAGCGCACAGGUUAAUACGCAGUAUGGGUUACUAUUUUAGGGAUGAAGGUAAAGAGGAAAUCAUUAAAAACCAUAUAGAUGGUAGGGAAAGUAGAGGAAACUUAAUAUGUUGUUUGAGCAUUUGGGUGAUAACUCGGUGUGGCUAGGCCAAGUCAUUCAAAGUAGAGACUAGGGGGAAGGAUUUCUACUGUCGCGUACUUUUUGCGUGCUAAAAUAAUGAGGCAAUGUAUGGAAGGUCGCGCGUAAACGUAAAAGUCGAACCUCGCUCAACUUUUACGUUUACGCGCGGCCUUUCAUACAUCGGCGCAAAUUUAUUUGUAAACAUAAAUUUUACGCGCGUACGCUACACGUAAAAAUUACACGACAGUGGAAAUCCGCCCUUAGUCUCUACUUUGAUGAAUUGGCCUAGCCUCAGUAUAUAAGCGCCUAAAAUAUACGUACGUACGCAGUUAAAAAUUACGCGACAGUGGAUUUCCACCCUGUGAGAGGAGUCAGCUAUUUCGUUAUUGAAUGCAUUCAGUGAUGAUUAAUAUGUGCGUGUUUUUAUAUUCUCAGGUGUUAAUGUUUUCCGAAAAAGACACUUGGAUAUUAUUCACUCUGUUAGCAGCGGUUCUUCAUCUUGGAAAUUUGCGCUUUGAAGGUAAAACGCAAGAGAAAAACGAGUAACAAAACAUUAUUCAUAUAGGUGAACGGCUCUGACGCAUCGUUGCUUCUCCACAGUUCAGAUCAGCUUCUGCACCGCAUGUGGCUGCAGUUAGUUUAUCUUACCAUAAAGAAGAGCUCAAUACAAUGCAAAGAAAAAUUAUGGUCAACCUUCGUGGGAUUUUAUUUCCAAUAGGUCUCAAAAAAUAAGCCAAGAUGUUACAACACCUCUUGGUGAAAUUUUCUCUAGCCUCCUCGUAAUUAUCCAUCAUAGGCACCACUCACAUUAAAUUAAAGUAAGGCCAAAAGCAAGAACUGUUUUUUAUGGCCUUUUCUCAGUUGACGCUGUCACUUUCGUCUGAAAUUUUUGAAAAAAAGUGAUAUUAAAUUUAAAGUGUUUUCAGGUUAAAUAUGUCUUUGAAUUAUUUUUCAUGAUGCACAGCUCUGAUUCAAGACAACAUGGAGGCUUGUGCAAUUUUAAAUGAGGACAGCGUUGACUCGGUGGCUCAUCUCUUACAGGUAGGUAUUAGUGGAUGCUCUAUGUGGUCUUAAGAUGGUGAAGGGAGCUAUAUUGCACAUGCAUGCUACAUACCCGGUUACAGCACCUUGUCUUUUUUCCUACCUUUAAUACGUAAAAACGUAUUAGCUACAUGACUCCAGGGUAAUCAUGCGCUCGGGCAGUGUACCAUGCAGGGAGAACUAUCCGAUACCUUGUAGAUCAUGCAUCGAUUAAUAGCAUACGUUUUUAGCUAGAUACAGCGCCUUCACAGUCAAAUUGCUUCUACACCUGUGUUCUUUAUUCCUUGCUGCAAAUUCAGGAUAUAUAAGGGAGUUUUGGUAGCUGAAUACUGUUGACGAACUGAGAACUUGCUACCCUUAUUAAUUAUUCAACUGAUUUCUAAAAAACCGGCAAUUUUAUCGAUUAUAGAUUCCCACAGAGGAAUUCCACAAGGCGUUUACAAGCAAAUCAACAUAUGCCUCUGGAGAACUUAUUUACUCUCCUAUUGGCGUGGAAAGCGCCAGGCACAUUAGAGAUGCAUUUGUAAAGGGAAUUUAUGGACGACUGUUCAUCUGGAUUGUAAGCAAGAUCAACUCGUCUAUAAGCGUAAAACAUACAGUGAGUAUUUUUUGUAUCUUCUUGUCCAAGUCGCUACAUGAGCACACAAACAAACUGAUCGAGGAGGCCCACAGUGUCUCAAAACCCAUGCCCCCAAUCAAAAAGCAAUAUAUGCCACACCCCUGGUCACUCAUACUAACAACAGAUUUACAAUCACCUUGAAAACAUUAUUAAGCUAUCGUGAUCGGCGGGAUUUGACCUGUUUGAGAGCCGAGCCGGGAUUCGGGAUUUCAUAGGAAAAUGGGGGCGAAAUUCGGGAUUGUAACUAUGCACGGGAUGAUGGAUGCCAAAAAUAACCAUCAGGAUUACUUGUUUGAGCACUGAACUGGGAUUGAAGAACCCAUCAUACAUUGGGGACCCUCAUUCAUCUCUCUCUCUUAGUGAGAAUCAUUGGGACUGAUGCUGAGAGUUCGUCUCAAGCCGAGAUGUCUAACUAGAAAGAGCGUGAACAAAAAUGUACGAAAAAGGCGAGGAUCAACUCCAGUGGGGAGAUGUUCGUAUUAUAUAGGUUAUUGGCAGUGUAUCAGGCGGUAAUCCUGGAAUCUGCUUCUAUUUUAUUUUUCACUUUAAGGCUGAUUCAGAGCUCGAAGGUCGAGUAUGUCUUGGUGUCCUCGAUAUUUUCGGUUUUGAAAACUUUGAAGUUAACAGGUGAGAAAUUAAUUUAUUGUUUUAUUGAUUUAUCAGUUAUCAUUGGUUAUGUAGAUUGAACAGCUAUUUUCCCAGUUUUGAACCAGUAGAUAUAGUGAUGUGUUUAUUUCUCGCCAGAAGCUUUAUUUUCGUUGUCUUGUGUCUAUAUGCAGUUUGAUUUCACACAAACCCCCAAAUUAACCUAGUUUAUAAAUCUAUCUGUGACUAUUAGACGUCAAGCUUUGUAACGGCUUUUAAUCCACUUCCACCCAAACCCGCCCGCUCUAAUUCUGGAAUUGAACCACAUCCAAUUCACCACUUUUUAACCGUCAUAGACAACUUUGACGCUAUUAUCUUGAGCAGGGAAAUAGUUCCUCUAAAUCAUACCUAAAUUAAAAGAUGAUCAGAAACUAGAGUGACAAGCAAAUCACUUGGGAAUAAUGGGCUCAAACUAUUAAGUUCUGUGGUAAUUGUAAGUUACAGUUACUUGAUUGAAGACUUACACAAACAGAUACAUGUCUCCACACCUUCAGUACGACUGGUUGUAGCCCAAUCCAUGUAACCAAAGGUGGAUUUCCACUGUCGCUUAAUUUUUACCUGAGUACGCAGGUACAUUUUAUGCACGUAAAUAAAAUAGGGGCGAUGUAUGGAGUAGAAAUCCACCCUAACGCAUAUUUCCUCUUCCAGUUUUGAACAGCUGUGCAUCAAUUAUGCUAAUGAAAAGCUUCACGGUUUCUUCGUUGACCACGUUUUCAAGAUGGAGCAGGUGAGUGAGAAGUCAGGAAUCUAGAGACUGGUAUGGUAUUAAAAUGGAGGCUCAGAACGUACAGCUUUUUCGAGAAAGGUUGUCGAAAAACGUGCACGUCACAAUCCCGAAAGGUAUUGUGAGUGUUUUGCGUUCACUCAAGUUCUUCAAGGAAAUUUGAAAGAAUGGCAUCAGAGGCCAUGGACGUAUGGCUGCUGGUGCCAAAAGAAAGCCGCAAAAGUAGGUUCGACAGCUACAGUGUAUUGAUCAUAUCCCAUAUUACCUUUCGGGCUUUCUCGAAGUAGCUGGAUGCAAUACUUCUUUUACGGCGUUUCCUGGUAUAUAUGUUGUAGUUAAUUUUUAUUUCAGUUAAUUUUUAUUUUUCUAUUGUUUCUGAGUAUGGUUAUGCAUGCCAAUGAAUUUAAAAACAAAGGAAAACCAAAAAUUAACUGAAAUAAAAAAUUAACUGCAACAUAUACAACACAGCUGUAUUGAACUUAUAAGACUACCACUAAGCAAACGAGAAAAUUCAAUCCUAGAUCAGAUCAACGAUCGUUGUAAAAUGCAUUGGAGUAUGUUGAUAACUUUUGCUACUGACAAUUUUUAGCAUGUGGGGCAUUUGCAGUGCUUGAUUCCUAAUGGAAUAACUCACUGUGUUUUCUGUUCGGUGUAGGCUGAGUAUAGUCGCGAAGGACUCAAUUGGAGUCCUGUGGACUUUGUUGACAAUCAAGAAGUUGUGGAAACUUUGGCAAAUAAACCUCUAAACUGCUUUGCUCUUAUGGACGAAGAGAGCAGAUUCCCUCAGGUAUAGAUGCUGUUGGCGCUUAUUUAAUAAGUCAAUAAUCUGUCUCCUCCAGAAAAUGAAUGUAAGGCACACUCUAUCCCUUGAAUAAGAAUCCCAUACUAGCAUGCGAACGCUUCACGAACGGAAAUACGUCUGCGUUCGGAGGCUAAUCCCAAACCGACCAAGGCUCACGAUAGCUCGUUGGUAUCACUCAUGUGAGGUUUUCUAUAUUUUGUAAUCAGAAAGCGUUUUAAACAUGAAUUUUCACAUCUUUUGAACGCAAUCAAGCUACACUAACUGAACGUUGCACAAUUCUAGAGCGACAUUCACUGGUGAUAUUACUGACUAGUCGGAUUACAAUUAUCGUAAUAACGUAAGACCUCAUACACUUCACUUUCAUAGUAAUGUUAUUCCUAUUCAGAAAAAAUUGAGUACAGUUCACUUGGAACACGAAUUUCUUUGACUCUCUCUCUCUCUCUGCUUUAAUUUAAUUUGUUUUUGUCUUUCUCCAAAAAAUAUAUUUAGUUCAAGUUAGUACUAAGCUUGUCUCGGCUGUGAACGACUUGUUUAUUUAAAUUCACUAUUUCUGCUUCCUUUGUUUUUACAGGGAAACGAUGAAUCGUUUUUGCAUAAAUUGACUGCUCAUCACGUUAAAAGUAGCUGCCUUUUUAAAUCCAAGUCUCGCUCCAGAGCUUCGUUUGGCAUGGUUCACUUCGCUGGAAUAAUUGAGUACGACGUUACAGGUGAAGCAAUUGAGAAAUCCUUUAUUUCACUCGCGAACUCCGAAAUGUUUGCAGCCAGCGCACUGGCCUAGGAGGUUAAACAAUGAAUUGAAUCUCCUUCAAUUUUUCCAGUGGUGUGAGUGCAUGCAUAGUAAACCUUAGUUUUUGAGGUCUUUUUUUAGCACUGAACAAAUUCAAUGACAGUUUAAAAAGGUCUGACGUUUUUGUAAGAGUUAUCUUUGCCUGCUGACCUUUCUGGCUGUGUUUUUCUGAGCGGAAGAGAAUAAGAACUUGCUUAUUCUAAUAUAAGAUUUAUGCGGAUUUCCGCAACCUUUUAUAUCUGCAUAUCUGCAUCUUUCAUAGGCAUCCUGGACAAGAAUAGAGAUACCUUCAGUGCUGAUCUUGUUGGGCUCGUUUGUGAAAGUAAAAUGGAGUUCCUUUUUGACCUGUUCGCCAAAGAAAUGUCCAUGGUAAUUAUUAGUCAUGAUUUUAUGUUCUUUCGAGGAAAAAAAGGCCGCGUCUCUCUUUUCUAUCAAAAUAUAAAGGCUAAAAUAAUAAUGUUCCUUGGCCGGGCACUCUUAUUGGUACAAAUUAAGGCGCUAGUUUUCCCCCGUGGCUCUUCAAGGUUUCUGGCCCGUGUACAGCACAGACCCCUUCUCUCUCUCCCUGAUAUCUUUUUGUAAUUAUACUUAGGUUGGUUUAAUAUUUGAACGAAGUCUAAGUUAUCCUGGUGGGGAUUUGUAACAGUUAUUGGACCUUCGCGCAUGCGGUUCACAGGUGGAUUGAUCACAUUUAGAUACGUUUUUUGUAAUCUUAAGCGAUAUGCAAGUGACUUUGACCAGCUCGAAACAGUGGCUAACUCCAGCUUUACACCUGGUCCAUUUAAUUUAGUCAGGACUGAGUUCUAAUGAGACCUUAAAAUGGAUAACUUAAGGACACGGGUCAUAUCGAUAUUUUUUUUCUAGGGCGAAGAAACUAGAAAACGAUCACCAACAUUGAGUGCACAGUUCAGAAGAUCUCUAGAUGUCUUGAUGAAGAUGCUAUUAAACUGUGAACCGUCUUUUGUUCGCUGCAUUAAACCCAAUGAACUAAAGAGAGCCAUGGUAUGUCACCAAUUGUCCUGAAAAUAGUGACUUCUACAUCGUCAACUUAGCGUAUGAUCCCCUUUUGUGGUUGCAUUUCAUCUUAAUUCCGUUUUUGUCACCUUAUAUCCUACUGAAAGCGCUAAUAGAUAGGUACAUACAAUCUAACCAAACUGAAUCAACCUAAAGCUGCUUUAACCACGUGCAAAUGUGCGUGGGAGCACUUCUCGCUUUCACUCCCUAAAGGGGAGUCCAGCUAGCCGAGGGUGUUCGACCCCCUCCACAAGAGAUUAAAAGGGGAUUUUCUUUUUACGGAUUCAAAUUGAUUGUAUAUAAGAAUCUAUUGAUGUAAGAAUAUAACAUGCAGAGUACUUUGCAAUUCAUGUCUCUCGGGAGAAAAGGCCCCCUUGGCAUACUUUUGAAUUAAUUGAAACCUGUUUCCCUUCCAAAUCCAGAUAUUUGAUCGUCAUUUGUGCUGGCAGCAACUGAAAUACUCAGGAAUGUUAGAAACUGUCAAGUAAGAAAAUAAACUCGUUGAAUGAUUGACAAAAAAUCAUUUUUUCUACCCUGUGCGGGACCUCAUUUGUUAUUAGAAAAAUUAUUAUUAUUAAUAUUAUCAUUAUUUUAAAUAAAUUACCCUCCUGCACUGAGACUACUGCUAGUAUGGGUUAAAAUUAAACGGAAAAAUACGUCAAGUUAUCCUUAAGAUUAUUUAGAGUCAGGAAACUAUUGCAGGAAUCUCCAGCUAAAAAUACAUUCAUUUCCAAAAAUUACCGGGUUAAUCCGGGAGAAUGGGAGCCACUCAUGAUACUAUUCCCAGUCCUUUAAGCGACGUCGUACGUCGUGAGCUGUUUUUCACUUUUCAAGAUGGCGGCUUCACCAUCGCCUUCAUUGAAACUCUUACUCUCAACACCGACAUUAUCGUCAAGACCAAGCUCCAGGUUUGACUUUACCAAGUCCCACUUCAAAGCAGCGUUUGGUCUAAAAGAAUAAUACAUAAGUUUAAUGGUUAGCUUUAAAAAAAGAAAAAAGUAACUGGAAUUAUGUUUUUAACUUACAGGAUUCGCAAAGCUGGUUUUGCUAUUCGUUAUACUUUUGAGGAAUUCAUAAACAGAUAUUAUGUUAUUAUGAAGGAUUUAAAGAUACCUCGAACUGAUCCACGGGAGAUGUCAGAGACAUUAGCUAAAAGACUUCUUCCUGAUGUUGAAUGGACCAUAGGAAAUCGAAUGAUAUUCUUAAAGGUGGGUUAA